GAAAGGGAGUAAAUUAAGUUUUCGAAUCACUGACUCAGGCCCAUUGUCGAAUCCUACUCAGCAAUUGUCGAAUCCUACUCAGCCAAAAAAAGGGGGUACUUAUGUAUGGCAGAACGGGCCAACCUGGUCUUUCAUAAUAAAGAGAUAGACGGAACUGCUAUGAAACGGCUUAUUAGCAGAUUAAUAGAUCAUUUCGGAAUGGGAUAUACAUCCCAUAUACUGGAUCAAAUAAAGACUCUGGGCUUCCAUCAAGCCACUACUACAUCGAUUUCUUUAGGAAUCGAGGAUCUUUUAACAAUACCCUCUAAAGGAUGGUUAGUCCAAGACGCGGAACAACAGAGUUUUCUUUUGGAGAAACACUAUUAUUAUGGAGCUAUACACGCGGUAGAAAAAUUACGCCAAUCCGUUGAGAUAUGGUAUGCUACAAGUGAAUAUUUGAAACAAGAAAUGAAUUCGAAUUUUCGAAUAACGGAUCCUUCUAAUCCAGUCUAUCUAAUGUCUUUUUCAGGAGCCAGAGGAAAUGCAUCUCAGGUACACCAAUUAGUAGGUAUGAGAGGGUUAAUGGCGGAUCCUCAAGGACAAAUGAUUGAUUUACCUAUUCAAAGCAAUUUACGCGAGGGACUUUCUUUGACAGAAUAUAUAAUUUCCUGCUACGGAGCCCGAAAAGGGGUUGUAGAUACUGCUGUACGAACAGCGGAUGCUGGCUAUCUUACACGUAGACUUGUUGAAGUAGUUCAACAUAUUAUUGUGCGUAGAAGAGAUUGUGGUACUAUCCAAGGUAUUUCUGUGAGUCCUCAAAAUGGGAUGACGGAAAAACUUUUUGUCCAAACACUAAUUGGUCGUGUAUUAGCAGACGAUAUAUAUAUUGGUUCACGAUGCAUUGCUUCUCGAAAUCAAGAUAUUGGAAUUGGAUUAGUCAAUCGAUUCAUAACUGCCUUUCGAGCACAACCGUUUCGAGCACAACCAAUAUAUAUUAGAACCCCCUUUACUUGCCGGAGCACAUCUUGGAUCUGUCAAUUAUGUUAUGGGCGGAGUCCCACUCAUGGGGAUCUGGUCGAAUUGGGGGAAGCUGUAGGUAUUAUUGCGGGUCAAUCAAUUGGGGAGCCGGGGACUCAAUUAACAUUAAGAACUUUUCAUACUGGUGGAGUAUUCACAGGGGGUACUGCCGACCUUAUACGAUCCCCCUCGAAUGGAAAAAUCCAAUUCAAUGAGGAUUUGGUUCACCCCACACGUACCCGUCAUGGGCAGCCUGCUUUUCUAUGCUAUAUAGACUUGCAUGUAACUAUUCAGAGUCAGGAUAUUCUACAUAGUGUGAAUAUUCCGUUAAAAAGCUUGAUUCUAGUGCAAAAUGAUCAAUAUGUAGAAUCUGAACAAGUAAUUGCGGAGAUUCGUGCCGGAACGUCCACUUUGCAUUUUAAAGAAAAGGUACAAAAGCAUAUUUAUUCCGAAUCAGACGGGGAAAUGCACUGGAGUACUGAUGUUUACCAUGCGCCCGAAUAUCAAUAUGGUAAUCUUCGUCGAUUACCAAAAACAAGCCAUUUAUGGAUAUUGUCAGUAAGUAUGUGCAGAUCCAGUAUAGCAUCUUUUUCGCUGCACAAGGAUCAAGAUCAAAUGAAUACUUAUUCUUUUUCUGUUGAUGGAAGAUAUAUCUUUGACUUCUCAAUGGCUAAUGAUCAAGUAAGCCAUAGACUGUUGGAUACUUUUGGUAAAAAAGAUAGAGAAAUUCUUGAUUAUUUAACGCCAGAUCGAAUCGUGUUCAACGGUCAUUGGAAUUGUUUCUAUCCUUCCAUUCUUCAAGAUAAUUCAGAUUUGUUGGCGAAAAAGCGAAGAAAUAGGCUCGUCGUUCCAUUACAAUAUCAUCAAGAACAAGAAAAAGAGCGAAUAUCCUGUUUGGGUAUUUCAAUGGAAAUACCCUUUAUGGGUGUUUUACGUAGAAAUACUAUUUUUGCUUAUUUUGACGAUCCACGAUACAGAAAAGAUAAAAGGGGUUCAGGAAUUGUUAAAUUUAGAUAUAGGACCCUGGAGGAAGAAUAUCGGACCCAAGAGGAAGAGUAUAGGACUCGAGAGGAAGAAUAUCGGACUCGAGAGGAAGACUCAGAAGACGAAUAUGAGAGCCCAGAGAACAAAUAUAGGACCCGAGAGGGAGAGGGCGAAUAUAAAAUCCUAGAAGACGAAUAUAGGACUCUAGAGGACGAAUAUGAAACCCUAGAAGAUGAAUAUGGGAUCCUAGAGGACGAAUAUAGGACUCUAGAGAAAGACUCAGAGGAAGAAUAUGGGAGCCUAGAGAACAAAUAUAGGACUCGAGAGGGAGAGGGCGAAUAUGAAAUCCUAGAGGAAGAAUCAGAAGAAGAAUAUGGGAGCUCUGAAGAUGGCUCAGAGAAGGAAUAUGGGACUUUAGAAGAAGACUCAGAAGAAGACUCAGAGGAAGACUCAGAAGACGAAUAUGGGAGCCCGGAGGAAGAUUCUAUCUUAAAAAAAGAGGGUUUUAUUGAGCAUCGAGGAACAAAAGAAUUUAGUCUAAAAUACCAAAAAGAAGUAGAUCGGUUUUUUUUCAUUCUUCAAGAACUGCAUAUCUUGCCGAGAUCCUCAUCCCUAAAGGUACUUGACAAUAGUAUUAUUGGAGUCGAUACACAACUCACAAAAAAUACAAGAAGUCGACUAGGUGGAUUGGUCCGAGUGAAGAGAAAAAAAAGCCAUACAGAACUCAAAAUCUUUUCCGGAGAGAUGGCCUCGGCCCCGUAG